UCUGCUUUUUGAGUGCAGUCGACCUGUAAAGUUGAACGCGAGCGGAGUCGAGUCGGAAUUUUUAAGGGUUUACGAUUCUGGAAUUUCGGUCACCAUGUUCAGCCAUUUAAAGUGAGGUCUUGUGGAGUGGUUUGUUAAUUCUAAACUUUUCUGUCUGGAUCGGAAACAGGCCUUUGAUUUCUACACCUACCUAAGCUGGUGGAGCACAUAAAAUGGCCAUAAGCGAACAAUACGUGCUCAUAAUCAAUUUGAGAAAAAGUUUUUUAAUAGAAUUUUAAUAAGCCUUUCGGAAGGCUUCCCGGGAGUGUGAGAAGAAAGAGUGGUGUUGUUGUUCGGUUUGUUGAAAAAAUCAUUCUUCGCUUGUUUGAUUUGUUCUUUAUUUUCUGGUCCGGUUGAGCUGCCAACAAAAAGUGCGUUGUGAGGAGCGAUUCUAUGUAUGUAACGUGUAUUCCGUUUCCAGAACUGGAAAGACUGGAAUACCACCGAAACGAGUUCAGGAGGUCGUUGAUGCAUGGUCGUGGGAGGACCCGUUAAGCAGGGUCGAUUUAUGUCCGUUUCCAUUACAUAAUCAUGUUCAGUGGCCUCGUAGCUUAAAUGUGGAAAACAGCUCUUUCCAAACAACACUUCGCGUCGACUAAACUCUCACACGCUGUCAAUGAGAGUGUGCAAUAGUAAUUUAUACGACGAUCAUCACCGGUUCCACCAGUCUCGACAUCAUCAGCGUCAAACAUCAACAAACAUCAGCGACAGCCCACGGAUUGCCACCUAGCUUUAAUGCUAGCGAAGCUAAUUCACAUUACUAAAUAGAUUAUCCUGAAAGCUUUUUGGUUUCGGAAAACCCCAUCGAAAGCAGAAGAAUUUUUCAGCUUUGUAUCCUUCCCCUAAGCAGCUGAUUCGUCGUCAACGGUUCCUCCUGAUCAGCCAUUGCCGGCUACGGCUGGAACUGGAACCACGAUGCAGCAGACCGCCAGCCCCAGCACCAGGACCGAGAUGCGUCCGGUCAAGUAUCACUAUGCCGAUUCCUUCUGGUGUACUUAUCUGAUUUCGGUAUUUGCGGCCAGCAUUGCCGAAACCGUGACCUACCCGUUGGAUCUGACCAAGACGCGUUUGCAGAUCCAAGGUGAAGCGCUAACUGCAGCCAGCGGUGCGAUCAGUAAGCCCAAAUACCGUGGUAUGGUAGCAACAGCCGGAGGAAUAAUUCGCGAAGAAGGCAUACUCAAACUUUGGCAAGGGAUCACUCCAGCACUGUAUCGCCACGUGGUUUACAGUGGAGUCCGCAUAGUGACGUACGACACGCUGAGAAAGAAACUUCGCGGUAACAACGAAUUGGCCCUGUGGCAAUCGGCACUGGCCGGAGUCGGAGCUGGAUCGAUUGCUCAAUGGUUAGCCUCGCCGGCAGAUCUUGUCAAGGUUCACGUUCAGAUGGAGGGCAAAAGACGCCUCAUGGGCCAAGCACCACGUGUCCACAGUGCCGCCCACGCUUUCCGGGAAAUUGUAAGACGCGGCGGUGUUACCGGGCUAUGGAAAGGAAGCGUCCCGAAUGUGCAACGAGCAGCUCUUGUUAACCUGGGCGAUCUCACCACAUACGAUACGGUCAAACGAUUCGUUAUGAAGAAAACUGGCCUCCCGGACUGCCAUUUGGUGCAUAUCAUAUCCUCGAUCUGUGCUGGAUUGGUGGCAGCAACGAUGGGUACACCGGCUGAUGUUGUCAAGACUAGGGUCAUGAAUCAACCGACGGAUUUGAGCGGAAAGGGUCUCCUCUACAAAGGAUCUUUGGAUUGUCUACAACAAACCGUUGGCAAGGAAGGGUUCUUUGCUCUGUACAAAGGUUUCCUUCCUGUUUGGAUCCGUAUGGCACCGUGGUCAUUGACUUUUUGGCUUUCGUUCGAACAAAUUCGUUCUAGUCUUGGCGCUGGUGGUUACUAGGUGAUAGUAUUCGUAUAACAUUUCAUCUGGAGCUUCACUGUACAUUGAUAAGUUAAUUGUUUCUUCGUAACCCGCGUUUUGGUUCACAGAAAAUGUUGUUUUGAAAUAGCAGGCACAAUUUACCUAUUCUAUUUUCGCACAAACUUAACUUCACUACCGAGGAAUCGGCUCUACAAUAAACCUAACGUUCUUAAAAUUUUCUCAAAUUUAGUUUAGUAUUUCUUGAAAAAGGAAAAAUCACGUCGACCGGUUAAUGCCAUCGUUCAAUAACUUCCUAAAUUUGCGAAUUUUCACUUUAAAAAAACAUUUAAGAAACGAGGUUCACCGUCUAUAUAGAAACGUGUUGAAUUAAGAAGACUAUAAUUUGUGAUCUGUGAUUUAUUUUUAGAUUUAAUAGCAAUUAGGAUAAAAACACAAAUCAAUUCUUUGAAGUGUUACUAUGCAGUCACGCGAUUCUUUGAAACAGAGUCAUUACUGAACCUUCGUGGUUAUGCGCAGUCUCAUCUCGAAAUAUGUUGAGUUAGCGUUGGCAACCCCGUAAACGAGAACUUCUCUGUUUAGCAGUCAUGAAAUAUUCUCAUAAACUUACUAUCCAAGUUAGUAGAAUGUUUGUUUAGCCGACACUUACCAAAUGAGUUCUGCACUUGGAAAACUUAACUGUCAUAAACUUUUUCGUUUCAAACCCUCAACUGUAUCCUGCAAGACUCUAGCCGAUACUUUAAAUAGAAGAAAAAACACUCAACAUGUGACAAUACAAGAAUUCAACCAUGUUCUGAAACCUAAACCUAUAAUAACUCGUAAUGUCCUAACACUAACUAGCCUCUCAGUUGAUCUAGACUAAGCGUCUGCAUCCUACUAAAACCGAAUGAGUAAACAGUAAAACGCGUUAGUGUGUCAAAAAAAGGAAAGAAUUACCGACAAGUUCAAGUUUGGGAAGUUUUUUUUCAUUGAGAUAUUAGUUAUCAAAAAUUGCCUCAUUAAUCCAGUUUGCGCUAACCGCCUAAAACAUGAAUGACAAAAAUGAAAAAGAAAUUUCCUCGUUUUUCUUUGAAAUAAAUACCUUUGGGUUACUCCGAGCGUGUGAACGGUUCAGGUGACCAGACUUCAAUGAAAAUCGAAAUUAUGAUUUACAUAAACCGGAAUAUGGUUGCCAGACUCUUCUUAAACUCAAAAGGACACGAUACACUAACGCAAAAAAGGAAACCGAGUUUUUAAGGACCACUACUGGUGUUAGGAAAAGUGCUUAAUUAAAAUAGAGAUUCUACAUUCUUGGAACAUAGAAGAAAAUAAAAAACAAGCACAACCCCUUCGUGUAGAAAUAAGAAAAAAAAAACCAGUUGACUACAGUUUGAAGUAGCUAAACCAAAAUAUACAAAUAUAGUCGUGUUUUUCUUUUUUAUCAGAAACGAAGACGAAAGAGUAAUAUGUAGUCAAUAUCAUUUGUAAAAGCAGUUUACCCUGUAAGUCAACAAAGUAAGCGUAGUUGUAAUGUUUCGUGCUAAGCGUAGUUCGAGUGUAUGAUGCUAGAAAUGGUGAGGUGCGCGUAUUAAUAAAACUGAUUUAUUGGACUGAAA